AUGUCUACCCAAGACUCAACUGUCCCCUGUAAAUUCCCCUGGAAAAUAUACGACUACGAAAAGUCCUCCGACACAGUCGACAUCCACGCCAACAAAGGCAGCUCGAUCCAGGUACACGACGACCUGCACGUCAGCGUCCUGCGCCACCGCUCAGGUUUCUUCCACACCCACCGUCCAGUCAUCACCUUCCCCGUCGACAACUUCGCCGUCCUCGCCGCUUACACCACCUGGCUGUACCAAGGCCGCCUCUCCCGCGACGACUCCUCGCUACCCACCUCGCGCCUCUUCUACUGCCAGCUGUACGCCUUCGCGCUGCGCUCUGACACCCCGAUGCUGCAGAACGCCGCGCUAGAUGAGUUCCUGUUGACCAUCGAUGAGGACAAUUCUGUGCGCGGCGACUUGACAGAUUAUGUGAAGCAUAACUGUCCGGGUAGCAAGAUGUGGCAGCUGAUCGAGGACGUGGGGAGCGGGAGGAGGCCGAGGGUGAGGAAGCAGUUGGGGGAGAUGCAUUAUCCGAUUUGCGGGAGGUAUCAUGUGCAUGCGGAGGCGGAUCUGAGGGAUGGGGAGUUGUUUUACAUUGAUCCGCCAGGGAGUGGGGGGAAAUUGGUUAAGUGGUAA